AUGAUUGGCAAACUCGAGCAUGAGCAAGAGCUGCACGUGCCAGCGAGUGAGGCAUGGGAUCUGUUUGGCACCCUUCGAAUAGGGCAACUUGUAGCCCAAGAGCUUCCACAGCUGUUUCAGAGUGUUGAGAUAACAGAAGGAGAUGGAGGGGUUGGCACUGUUCUCAAAUUAACUUUUGCUCCAGGUGUGCCUGGGCCAGGUGAUUACAAAGAGAAGUUCACCAAGAUUGAUAAUGAGAAGCGUAUAAAAGAAACAGAGGUGGUUGAAGGAGGGUACUUGGAGUUAGGAUUCACUCUUUUUAGGGUUCGUUUUGAAGUGAUAGAGAAAGGUGAAGAGUCGAGCAUAUUCAAAGGUACCAUUGAGUAUGAAGUGAAGGAAGAGAAUGCCUCCAAUGCCUCAAUUGUCUCUAUCCAGCCAGUGGCUACCACAGCUGAACUUGCCAAGAAUUACCUCCUCAAAAACAAGGCUUCAAAAGAAGCAAGUCAGUGA